CUCGAGUUAAACUGCCGUACUAUCCUCUCUCGUCUCUGAGCUUUAGCCUCCGUUGGCCCAUUAUCUGUGGGCCGGCCCAAAAUGAGGCAAGCUGCGUUGUUCCGAGUCCUCCUUCUGCUCGCUGGCUUCCUUGCCUUUGCGGCUGCUUGGACUAAAGAAGAUCACGAAAUAUUUCGUCUUCGUGAGGAGAUCAUAGCGACAGAGGGCGUCAAUGUCACCUUUUACGAUUUCCUCGGCGUAAAGCCCAGCGCUAGCCAUGUCGAGAUAACAAAAGCUUUCCGCAGGAAGUCCAAGCAGCUCCAUCCAGACAAGGCGAAGCGCUCCUUUAUCGCGUCCCGCGCUAAACCGCCCCGAACAUCCUCGGGGAAGAAAAAGGACGGCGUUCAUGUCAGCAAGCGGCCUUCCGACCGAGAAAUCCAAAAGGUCGUCAAGCAUGCGACGGAGCGAUAUGCGCGACUGGGUAUAGUUCACGACGUCCUCAAAGGCCCGGAGAGAGAGCGAUACGACCACUUCUUGAAUAAUGGCUUCCCCAUAUGGAAGGGUAGUGGGUACUAUUAUUCGCGAUUCCGCCCCGGCUUGGGUACUGUCCUCAUAGGUCUCUUUCUUGCCUUCGGCGGAGCUGCCCAUUACCUAGCUCUCAUCCUCAGCUGGAAGAGACAGGUCGAAUUUGUGGACCGAUAUAUCCGACAUGCUCGCCGAGCUGCGUGGGGCGACGAACUGGGCAUUCAGGGGAUCGGAAAUCUGAGUAACUAUAACGACAAUGCGUCCACCACGGCCGCUGCUGAAAAUGGCGAAGAGCACGUCGUCCUGAACAGAAAACAGAAACGAAUGAUGGAGAAAGAAAACCGCAAGGAGAGCAAGAAGGCGAAAAAGGAGGGAUCUUCCGGUACGGCCACUCCAACCAAUGUUGUUACCUCGGUUGGGGAUCGAAAGAGGGUUGUCGCCGAAAAUGGCAAGGUUCUUAUCGUCGAUGCCAUCGGAAAUGUGUUCUUGGAAGAAGAAACUGAGGAUGGGGAAAAGGAAGAAUUCUUUCUCGAUAUCAACGAGAUCCACCGGCCGACAAUGCGUGAUACGUUCGCAUAUAGACUUCCACAGUGGCUUUCCCGCAAGCUUGUAGGUCGAUCCGUUCAGGAUACGCCUUCCCAAGCCCAGGAUCCUGUUGAUGAUGAAGUUACCACUUCUGCCGAACCGGAGGCCGAUAGCGUAUCUACUCCAGACGUAUCUUCAAAGAAAGCAAGAAAGAGGAGAGGGAAGAACGCAUGA